AUGAAGAUAGAUCUCCAUUUUGCCGGAAUUUUUUCGAGGUACCCCGCUAUUUAUUGCUCAGAUGGUGCAGAACAAAUGUUCGAUGAUGUCGAUUUUGCUGGAAUGGACAAGAACGAGUUUGUGGGGUUCAUUCAAAUAUUCGCUAAUGAGGUAUGCAUCAAUGUUUACUUUUGCAUGCCCGAUGUGGUGUUCCCUGAUGGAUUGAGGUUAAUAGCUACUGAUAUAGACUAUAUGGACUUCAUCGAAGUAGGAUAUGCUUCUGGUAGUGUUAUUAAUGUAUGCAUGGACCAUCUUGGUGUUAAUGUACAUAAAUGGAUCCUUGAGGAGCAAGGCGAAAUAUGCAGUUCAUUAGAUGAAUUGUCUGAUAGAAUUGAAGUUGGUGAAGAAGUGCAAGGUGGUAUAGAUAUGGAUGAUGGAAUUGAAAUUGAGGAUCUGCUGGGUCAUAGGCAAGGUGUUACAGAGGAUUUGCAAGGCACCAGGGAAGAGUUGCAAGAUGGGGAACGUGAUGACAUUAACAUUGAAGUUGAGAAUGAUCAAGGUGAUAUGGAGGAUCUGCAAGGUAGUACGGAGGAUUGGCAAGGUAAGGAAGAUGAUGGCAUUGACUUGGAAGUUGACAAUGAACCUGAUGAAUGUAUUCCUAUGAAUAGGACAAAAGAUGAUAAGUUUUUGAGCAAAUUGUGCCCGAAUGACCAAGUUACCCCUAACAGUCCUCCUCAUGAAGAGCUAUAUGAGCAUGCAGUCGAUGAUGAAAAGCUUGUAUUAAGUAUGAGAUUUGUGAAUCCUAAACAAUUGAAACACAUGUUGUGUGACUAUGCUGUUGCAAAUGGUUAUCAGUUAUGCUACAAGAAAAAUGAUAGCAGGAGACUUUUAGUGAAAUGUUGUUCUGGUGCUUGCAAGUUUAGAUUGUGGGCAUCUUGGAUGAUUGAGGAAAAAUAUUUCCAAAUUAAGAGUCUCAUAAAUGAGCAUAACUGUGCAAGAAACUUCAAAUUAGGUUCAAUUGUCAACUAUGCUUUGAUAGGUACCCAUUACACCACCCAAUUCUUACAGAAACAAAAAGUUAGUGUUAGGCUCCUUAGGGAUGAGGUUAAAGAGAAUUUUGGGAUAGAUGAGAUAAGAAGAUCAAAUCCUAGAUCAACAGUCAAAAUAGAUGUCAAUGCUAUGCCAGAUGGAGAGCUAAUUGUUGCUGUAGGAAGGGAUGCUAAUAAUCACAUAUUCCCAAUUGCAUGGGCAGUUGUAUGUGUAGAAAACAAAGCAAAUUGGAAACGGUUCUUGGAAAAUCUAAAAGAUGACCUUCAUCUAGAGGAUGGUUUUGGUUUAUCAUUGAUGUCAGAUCAACACAAGGGGUUGUUAGAGGAUGUUAAGGAAGUGCUUCCUAUUGCUGAACAUAGGCAAUGUGCAAGGCAUAUUGUAGCCAACUUUAGGAAAAGAUUUAGUGGUGUACACUAUGAGAACAUGUUUUGGAAGGCAAGCAAAGCAUCCAAUGAGCCUUUAUUCAAUGCUGCCAUGAAGGAAAUUCAAGUACUUAAUCCUGCAGCCUAUGAUUACCUUAUGGAAACAAACCCAAAAUAUUGGAGUAGAGCAUUCUUUCAAGAAGGAAAGAUGUGUGAUGCAGUGGAAAAUGGAUUGUCUGAGAGCUUUAAUAGUGUCAUCAGGGAUGCAAGGAAAAAGCCAAUCAUCACCAUGUUAGAGGAGAUUAGACUAUAUGUUAUGGAGAGGCUGUAUUGGCAGGUUUUACCAAGUGGUCUUAACCAAUUUGAAACCAGAAACCUGGCAGAAUCAUAUGAUGUUGACCUUGACAAGAAGACUUGUACUUGUAGAGUAUGGCAACUUAAUGGGUAUGGUUGUGUGCACUUAGUAGCUACUAUAUCAUAUUUGAAUAGAGAUAUAGCCACUUAUGUUGAUCCAAUGUUGUAUGCUGCCUUCUACAAGAACACUUACAAAUACCAUAUACAUGGGAUGAAUGGCAGCAACAUGUGGCCAGUUAAUGAUUUCAUACCACCCUUACCACCAUUGAAAAGAAGAAUGCCAGGUAGACCAAAGGUUAAUAGAAGAAGAGAUGCAUCAGAAAAGCUUCCAAGGCACACUGUAUCUAAGGCAUGUAAAAUAAUCUUGUGUAGUGUGUGUAGACAAUCAAGGCAUAACAAGGUUACUUGUCCCACAGUUGAAAGGCCACAUGUAGAAAGGUCAAGGGUGCAAAGGAGCAUGAAACUAAAGGUCAAGAAAAGGAAAACAAUUGACAAGGGUAAAGAUGGUGAAGGAAGUAGUGGACCAAAUAGAGAUGGUGAAGGAAGGAGUGGACCAACUACAGGUUAUGAAGGAAGGAGUGGACCAAAAAUUGGUGGUAAAAGGAAAAAAUCUGAGAGGAUCACAAAAAAGAAACUUGCAAAGAAGGUUAAGACCAAGGAUGGGAAAGGUGAAACUAGUGCAAACCCGGUAGACCUUAAUGAGUAG